GGGUAUUUCCCCCGGGUCUCGUGAGUUCGGUCGGAAACGAGCGGCGAGAGCUGAUGCGCGAGACACGGAAGAUAAACAGCACUAAAAUGAACUAAAUCCGAAAUCUAAGCAAUAAACGACUACAAGGACAUUUAAACCUUAAAGGAUGACAGAGUCUUUCCGUGAGGAGCUGUUCAGACUGAGAGACGGGCGUCUGUUUGAUUGACAGGGGUCAUGUGGUGGUUUCAGGAGGGUUUGUGCGUCUUGCCCGCGGCUCUGGUCGUCUGGACCGCCGCCACCUUCAUCUUCGCCUACAUCACGGCCGUCAUCCUCAGACACGUGGACCCGCUGGUGCCCUACAUCAGUGACACGGGGACGGUCGCGCCGGAGAGAUGCGUGUUUGGACUUAUGCUGAAUGUGUCCGCGUUUUUAGGUGUCGCUACUAUGUAUGUGCGCUAUAAGCAGCUUCGCGCUCUCACGGGUGCCGAAGACGCUCGCGUGAACCGCCUCAAUCUGGCGGGGUUCGUUCUGGGCUGCGGGAGUUCGCUCGGCAUGUGCGUCGUCGCCAACUUCCAGAAAACCACCCUGUUCUCGAUGCACCUGGUGGGCGCCAUGCUGACGUUCGGCGUGGGUGCUCUGUACAUCCUGGUCCAGACGCUGCUGUCGUACCUCAUGCAGCCGCACAUCCACAGCAAAAACAUCUUCUGGACGCGCCUCAGCCUCUGCGUCUGGACCUUCGCCAGCAUCGUCUGCAUGUUCGUGUCGUCGGUCAUCAUGUACAGCACUCUGUCAGGAACCGAGGUCAACCAGAAGCUGCACUGGACGCCCGGAGAACCGGGUUUCACGCCGCACAUCGUCAGCACCAUCUCCGAGUGGUCUCUCGCUCUGUCCUUCAUCAGCUUCUUCCUCACCUACAUACGAGACUUCAAGAAGAUCCGUCUGCGAGCGGAGGCGGAGCUCCAGAGCGAGCACCUGUACGACUCGCACCACUCCCGGGCCUCGGAGACGUCUCCGCUGCUCGCCGGCAGCAUCUGACCUCGGCCGCACGCUCCAGGAACACCGGCCACUUCCUGCUAACAUUCAGACAACACUCGUACAACCUUCACACAACCGUCUGAGACCACGUGGUUUUAAUCUGCUCCUGGCCCGGUUAAGGUCGAGUCUGAACUCAUGGAUCCGGUUCUUAGUAAACCAGACUAGCUCCUAUAAGCCUGGUUCAUCAGUUUAAUGAAAGGCGUGUUACUCUUCUUGUUUUAUACGGUGAACACGCAUUAAAACCUCUCUAAUUCUGUUAUUACGUUGGGUAUUAAUGGUUGAGUUUUAUGCAAAAAGAACAUUUCUGGCUCAUAUGUCACGAGGAAAAAAUAGAAUAAAAUCCUAAUUUGAUGAUAAUAUUAAUUAAAAUCAAAAUUCUAACAAAAUAAUUUUUAAUGAUUUAAAUAGGUUUAUUGUAAUGACUGCAAUACUAUAAAAAUUACGCUAAAGAGUUCGAAAUUUUUAUAUGCGUUUUUUUUCCCGUAUUCAUCCAUUCCUAUCAAAUUGCUCGCUACGGAUGCGGAAAAAUGUUUUUUUACGAUGGAUGAAACUUUCGUAGACGGCGUGUGAACGAGAUGGACACAACGUAUUUAUUUUUUUAACGCAUUUCGGACUCAAGUGUGCGUGACCUUACGCGAGAACUCGAUGACGAAAGUGACGUAUGAGCUGGUCCCCUUCAGAUCACUUACUGUACCCCCCGACACGUAUCGCUUUCAUUUAUAUUUUAUUGUGUUAAAACAAACAAUGUACAAAUAAACAGCAUUGAGCCCCGA